CACCAGAGUAAAUCAAUGGAGAGAAUGGCUGCUGCCGAGGUGAACAGUAGUUCUGCUCCGGUGAUGGAGGAAAAGGAGCCUAUAGAAGUCACCACCGAAGGCGAGCACACAGAGAACUACCAGACACUAAUUGAUGCCGGACUGCCGCAGAAAGUGGCUGACAGUCUCAACAAAAUAUUCUCUACUGGGUUGCUGGCAUACGCUGACCUAGACGAGAGGGCCAUCGAUGCUCUGAGGGCGUUCAAUGAAGUGGGAGCGUUGUCUGUACUGUCGCAGUUCAAAGAAAGUGACCUGACCCAUGUCCAGAACAAAAGUGCUUUUCUUUGUGCAGCUAUGAAGACAUACAGACAGAGGGAAAAGCAAGGAAGUAAAGUACAGGAAUCCUCUAAGGGUCCUGCUGAGUCCAAGAUCAAGGCUCUGCUGGAGCGGACAGGAUACACCCUGGACGUCACCACCGGACAGAGGAAAUACGGAGGGCCCCCCCCAGAGGAAGUGUUUAAAGGAGCACAGCCUGGGAUUGGAACUGAGGUGUUUGUGGGAAAGAUCCCCAGAGACCUGUAUGAAGAUGAGCUGGUGCCUCUGUUUGAGAAGGCGGGCCCAAUCUGGGAUCUGAGGUUAAUGAUGGACCCCCUGUCGGGUCAGAACCGGGGAUAUGCCUUCAUCAACUUCUGCAGCAAGGAUGCAGCAGCUGAGGCGGUGAAACUUUGUGACAACUAUGAAAUCCGGUCUAGGAAACACCUUGGAGUGUGCAUAUCUGUAGCGAACAACCGCCUGUUUGUCGGAUCAAUCCCAAAGAACAAGACCAGAGAGAGCAUAUUGGAUGACUUCAGCAAAGUCACAGAGGGGCUUCAGGAAGUGAUCCUCUACCACCAGCCGGAUGACAAGGAGACGAACCGUGGCUUCUGUUUCCUGGAGUACGAGGACCACAAGUCUGCAGCCCAGGCCCGCCGCUGCCUCAUGAGUGGCAAGGUGAUGGUGUGGGGGAACCCGGUCACUGUGGAGUGGGCCAACCCGGUCACUGAGCGCGACACGGAUGUCAUGGCCAAUCAGGCGAAGGUUUUGUUUGUCAGGAAGCUUGCCACCUCAGUCACAGAGGAGCUACUAGUGAAGACAUUCUCUGCCUUUGGCAAACUGGAGCGAGUGUAUAAGCUCAAAGACUACGCCUUUGUCCACUUUGAGGACCGGGACGCCGCUGUGAAGGCAAUGGUAGACAUGAAUGGAAAGGAGCUGGGGGGAGAGGCGAUUGAAAUAAGAAUAGCAAAGAAGAAGAAGGCGCGGAAGACUCAGCGCCAGACCACCAGAAACCCAGGCAGGAAUGACGAUUACAACCAGCCACCGCCACGCAUGCCUCCACCAGAUAGGGGCAGGGGCCGUGGUCGCCGCGGGGGCUACGCCGCCUACCCUCCAGACUACCACAGCUAUGAUGACCACUACGGCUAUGACUAUCAUGACCCCUGCAGGGGUUACGAGGACCCCUACUACGGUUACGAGGACCCCUACUACGGUUACGAGGACCCCUACUACGGUUACGAGGACCCCUACUACGGUUACGAGGACCCCUACUACGGUUACGAGGACGUGUACAGCGAGAAGGGCCGUGGCAGCAGGGGAGGCCCGCCCCCUCCUAGGGCCCGUGGAACACCACCCACACAGGGCCGAGGGGGCUAUGCGCAGAGGGGGCCACCCAUCAGAGGGCCCAGGGGUGGCAGAGGAGGGGGCCGUGGGGGACUCUUCCAGCCACAGAGGGCCCACAGUACCCAAGGAGCCAGGGGGAACCGUGGGGGGAAUGUGGGCGGGAAGAGGAAGGCAGACGUCUUCAACCAGCCUGACUCAAAGCGCCGGCAGACCAACAAGCAGAACUGGGGGUCCCAGCUCAUCACCCAGCAGCAAGGUGGCGACUAUUCUGAUAACUAUGGUUAAGGUGGUGAGGUGAGAGCUGCAGCGCUUGAGUGAGAAACAAACUCACCCUGAACUUUGUUCCUUACAAAAGGGUGAGCUAUUACUAGUAGUUUCUAGCCCAAACCGUGCUGAAUCUACAGAUUAUUUUGUAAGAAGACCGAUUUCCAAGAUGUCUCCUGGUCUGACAAACACUGCUGUUGCUCUGCGCCACCUUCCACUGCCGAUGCAGUGGAUUGAGACGCGGCCCAUGCAAACAAAAGUCUAGUUUAAACUAAUGGAUUUUAAUGGUAAUUUUAUUGUUUAUUUGAUUAUUAUGCUAAUUACAGAGCAGGUUUAUACUGCAAUUUCAUUGCCUUUGCCAAGUCAAUUUGCUUGCUUUGCAUAUGCCAUUCAAUGUUUUCUCGUCAACUAUUUAGAUAAAGAAUUGAGACAUGUCAGCAAAAAUCA